AUGGUCAUGGAGAGCUGCACGCUGCACAGUCUGACUCACAGAAAGCUAUGUGCCACCUUUCUGGAGUUCUCACAGUGUUACAAGAACAGUCCUGUGCAAUGGCAGCAAGUCACAAGAUGCCUUACAGAUGCAAGACUCAACAGUGUGAUGGCAUUAACGCUGCUACACACCACAUGCCAAAUACCACUCUGCAUCACUGGCAAUGAGGCAAUCAGUCAAGAUGUCACAGUUAGUCUGUGUCAACUGGUGGAAGUGAUGGAGGAUCUGGGUAUGAGCCAAGGGGAUGGAUUCCCUAGCCUCAGUGAGCCUAGGAGCUGCACCAUCAGAAGCUCAGCCUUCAGGUGGGAGACCUUAGUAGGUCAGGUCAGGGGGUUAACUGCAAGUGUGUGGAAGUCCUUUGCAUUUUAUGAGAAAGCUAAUAAGACAAUCGACAAAUCUUAUGCAAUUUGCAAAAUCUGCAAAGCCAAAGUAAAAUAUCUCAGCAACACCACAAACAUGAGGCAGCACCUUGUACGCUUUCACCCAGAAACCGAGAAUGCACCUCUGACCGUGCCCGCCAAACUGGGGACCAUCCUGGAGACUGUCUCCAAACUACCGAAGAACUCAGAGAAGGCGAGGAGCAUUACAAAAGCAAUAGCUACUUUUAUUGCGACAGAUCUACGCCCAUAUUCAGUAGUAAACAACAAGGGUUUUCGGUUAGUGGUGCAUACCAUGAAGUCGCGCUAUAAACUUCCUCACCGAAAACACUUCGCAGAAAAAGAUGUCCCCCACCUCUAUGAGGAAACCAAAACAAGCGUUCUGGAGUCCAUGAAGAAGGCAACCAGGAUAGCGCUCACAUGUGAUGUGUGGACAUCGGUUGCCACCAAAUCCUUCAUUACUGUAACGGCGCAAUUUGUUCUCGCGUCGGACAAGAACGGGUGGAAGUUGGUGAGUCAUGUUCUUCAAACUCGAGAGAUGAGUGAGAGUCACACCGGGGCAAAUGUUGGUGAGCUCCUGGAGAACGCUGCGGCAGAAUGGCAGAUCUCAGAUAAAGACUUGGUUUUGGUGACUGAUUAUGCCAGCAACGUGGUCGUUGCAGCUCAGAAGGCGAAGUACGAGCACCUGAAAUGCUAUGCUCACACUGCCAACUUGGCCUCACAGAAAGAUCUCAAGCUGGCAGCUUUGGCAAAGCUUCUGUCGAGGAUCAGACGGAUCUCUACAUUUUUUCACCGUAGUACUACCGGACUCCACCUGCUAGAGGAGAACCAAAAGCUGCUUGGUAUCAAACAGCACAAACUGAAGACUGACGUAUGCACUAGAUGGAAUAGUGCAUACGAAAUGACCGAACAUUUCCUCGAGCAACAGCCUGCAAUUGCUGCCACCUUGCUCUCUCCUCAGUUGAGAAAGAAGGAAAAUGACAUUGCCACUCUCGAUGAAACUGAUGUCUCGAAUGCUGAAGCAAUGGUCUCCGCCCUACAGCCGAUGAAAGAUGCCACCACUCAUCUCCUCCAGAGCACAGUACCCAACACAGAAGAUUCACCACUGGUCCGGGAUAUUAAAAAGGCCAUCUACGAUGACCUCAGCAGCAGAUACACCAGUGAGGUGGAGAAAAGCCUUCUGUAUACAGCGUCUGCCCUUGACCCCUGUUUUAAGGCAUUACCUUUCCUUUCUGAAGAGGAGAGAGAGCAGACGUAUCGCAAAGUGAUUGCUGAGAAAGCAUCACUGGCGCAAGAGGUGAGAAUGAAGGAAGUGACCCCAGAGGACAGUGCCAGGGCAGCAGCAGCGGAGACCAGUGACACUCAGAGGGACCAGGAGAACGAGCUGCCACCACCAGCCAAAAGAAGGUAUACUCUGCUUGAGAACCUGUUAGGACCGACGUUCACAAAGCAUGCUCCAGAGCCCAAAUCAGCAUACACCAGAGCCAAGGACGAGAUGGCUAAGUACUGCCUUGCUUCAGCACGUUCUCUACAAGAAGACCCUCUCCACUGGUGGAGUGUUCAUCAGAUGCUGUACCCCAAGAUUUCUAAUGUGGCCAAACGCUACCUGUGCAUUCCAGGCUUCAGUGUAUCUGCAGAGCGAGUAUUCUCCACUGCAGGAGAUGUAGUAACAGCCCAACGUAGCACACUCGAGUCAGAGCACAUUGACCAGCUGAUAUUCUUGCACAAAAAUGUGUGUGUUCCAGAUUCUGACAAUGACGAUGAAGAAGAGUCUAAUGUUGAAGAUGAGUAG